CUCUCUCCACAAUCAUUUCACAGCGAGAGACAGAGGAGCGAGGCAGCCCGUCCGGGGGGAGGAAGAUGAGACACGUUUGACUCGAACAAAAAAAAACACAAACCUAAUGGAAAUAGUGGAUUUACUCUGAAUGUUUUACUUCGAGGUCGAGAACAACGGUUCGUUAUGAUGAGAGCGUGAGCUGGUUCACAGCUGAUUUAUUUAGAUAUUUUCAAAAUAAGAAAGAGCUCAACUGAUCCCUAGAGAAGAUAACAACGUACACAAAGCGAUAUGUCGUCCACUGAAGAGCCGUCUGGCACGGUCCUGCACCGGCUCAUCCAGGAGCAGCUCCGCUAUGGGAACCCCACAGACACCCGCACCUUAUUAGCCAUCCAGCAGCAGGCCCUGCGUGGAGGCAGUGGAAGCAACAGUGGACCCAGCAGUGGAGGCGACAUGGGCAGGAGCCCACGAUCCUCUCUUGAGAGUCUCACCCAGGAGGACCCUCCAUUCCCUCAGCUCUCUGCAAGGCAGGAGCCCCAAGGCCAGGAGCACCAGGGGGACUACCACCACUCAGAAAGUGGCUACCAGCUUUACCAGCUGCACGGGGAGGAGCUGCCAACUUAUGAGCAGGCCAAGGCGCAAUCUCAGUAUCAGGCCUCUCACUGGGCCCCUACAGGCCCCAUCACGCAGCUCCAUGAUGGGAUGCUCCUGCACGAGGGGGCCUUCCACGAAGAGGCAGAUCUGAUGGAGCUGAAGUGCAGCCAUGUGCGGUCACUCAGUGAGCAUCGCAUGCAGAUAUCUCUACAGAGGCACGAUGCAGCUGCUAAAGCGGAGGCCAUCAAGAGCGCCUCUCACAGCUACCCCGAGCUGCCUUACUACACACCGCAAGGCCUCCAGAACACAAACCAGAGCCUGGACAAGCGAAGCCCACCUCCAGAGUACUCAGUCCCCAUCCAGGGCCAAGGAUUUAUCCCUCACCAGGUCCAGGAGCCGAUGCAGGCACAGCAGCACAGAUAUGUCCAGUCAGCUCAGCCAGCUGAACUCCCCUGCUACAGCACAUUCAACAGCCUGCCACCUGCUGGCUUGGAGGAACCCAACCAAGUGGAGCUGCUGCUGAUGGAGAAUGAGAGGCUGAGGCAAGAACUGGAGGCACACAGAGAGAAGACUAGCCGUAUUCAGAAGUUGGAGCAGGAGAUCCAGCGUAUUUCUGAGGCCUAUGAGACACUGAUGCAGGGCAGCAGUAAGAGGGAAAACCUGGAGCAGACACUGAGGAAGAGGCUAGUGGCUGAGAUCAGAAGGCUGCAGGACUUCAACAGAGACCUUAGAGAAAACUUGGAAAAUGCCAGAACGCAUGUUGCUAAAGAAGUAGAAGCGGCCGACCAUAACCAGCACAUCAUGGCGAAACUCCUUGAACAAAAUGAGGAGCAGAACUUUGAGAGGGAGCGGGUGGAGCGGGAGCUGCAGCGAUUGCGAACCACUGCGGAGGAGCAGAGCGGCAGGGCGAAGCGGCUUGAGGAGGCCCUGGACGCCGCUCGUGGACGUGGUCGCCAGCUUGAGGAGGAGCUGAGGAGGAAGAGGGCUUAUGUGGAGAAGGUGGAGAGACUUCAGAGUGCACUGGCUCAGCUACAGUCCACCUGUGAGAAGAGGGAGAGCCUGGAGAUGAGGCUGAGGACACGACUAGAGCAGGAGCUGAGGAGUCUGAGGGCGCAACAGAGGCAAUCACAGCCUCCAGGAGUGACGAUGAGCUCCCUCCAAGAGCGUCUGCGGGAGCGUGAGGAGCGAAUCCUGGCCCUCGAAGCCGACAUGGUGCGCUGGGAGCAGAAGUACCUGGAAGAGAGCACCAUGAGGCAGUUUGCAAUGGAAGUGGCUGCCACUGCCGCUGCACAGAGAGACACCACCAUCAUCAACCAUUCGCCCUGCCACUCCUCUAACAACAGCUUCAAUGAGGACCUGCCAGUUGCUGACUACAGGAAUCAGGAGAUGGAGAACAGGAUCCGCGCUCUUUACGCUCAGAUCUUGGAGAAGGAUGCUGUGAUCAAGAUCCUCAACCAGCGGCUGCACCAGGACCAGGGCCGGAGGGACGAGCAAAGUCCACGUACAAACCUCCUGACUACGGCGGGGGCAUCUCUCCGACCCGCCUCCUCCACCCCCUCUAUCAGCACCACCACCAGCACCACAAAGAGUAGAGGUAAAAGUCUUUCAGAUGAUCAGACUUUGCCAAACCGUCAGUUCUCUGCUCAGUCUGAACCUGGAACGCUAGAACGGCAGGUGGAGGGAACCAAAGCCAAAGAGGCUGCCAGCACAACUAAGCUCAACAGUGACAAGACAGUGCCUAAGAAGUUGCUAUUAAACCCCUUCAGAGGCCUGGAAGAGCUGGAGUCAGAGGCAGUGGAAAUCUUCAUUUAAAGAACUGAAAGGUGGAUUUUGAAUGAGAGGGGAAAAAAAAGCAAUUCUGAGAAUCUGUGAAGAGUGCAAGUCUUUGAAUAGAGAAUGGAUUAAAUAUUGGAUGAAAGAAUGUCGUGGAAAGAGGCCAAUGCACGGGGGAGGAAAAAAAAGACUGUUUUCACAUUUUAGAGACAGAGCUGUGCUCCGGCUCAUUUGCUCUCACUAAGCUUGGACAGCUGCAGGCAGUCUGCCCGACUGGGAGAGAAAGGAUGAAUCUUCUGAGGUACUCGGACAGUAUUGUGGAUUGUAAUAGGGCAACAUGUUCUCAGAGAGUGUAUGCCAAAAUAUUUAUAUAAAUAUAUCUAUAAUUGCUGCUCCCCCCCCCUUUAUUACCCUCUUUAACUCCUAUCAGAAUCCAGUGAAUUAAGAAGCUACAUAUUUAUCUUAUCUGGUUUCCACAUUCCCCAAAUGUUAACUUAAGCCUCAUGCUCGUCUAGAUAAAUAUUCAAUACAAGGUUAUCUAUGUGACCUGCAUUCCCCUCCUCUCCAAAAGAAAAUGUGGUGUCAAUCUGAGUAACCUCAUUCCCAUCAUAGAUCUUAUCUGUUUGGAAGAUGACAUUCAAUAAUUUAAGCUUAUCACAUGAAACACUGCUGAUUUAAAUGCUCUCACUGUCCACGCUUCUUAAGUCCGAGCAGCUGGUUCUGCAGGAGCUGAGAGGUGUGUAAACUGUGAGAUGCAUCAUAUAUAAAAGACAAUUUGGUGUUUAUUUUUUGCCAAACUGACACAAACCCUGGUGUUGUUUGUAAUUUUGUGAGGGUGUUGCAUCGUGGUGUUGAUUUCAUCAUCUGUUGCUUUUUCUGAUAACUUCUCAAAGUAUGUUUGCGUGUGUGAUUACAGUAUGUGAGUGUGUUUCAUGAUGUGGUGAUUCUGCUGGUUCGGUCACCACUGUGGGAUAAAAGUUGAAAACUACACCGUGUUUGGUUUUUGUUUUGUUUACUGUGAGCUUUGAACUAACAAACAGGUUAAUUAUUAUUAUUAUUAUUAUUAUUAUUUAUAUAUUUUAUACAGAUGUUUGUAUUGUUAUUUUAGUUAUAAUAGUGCUUUGAGCAGGAUGCCAAAGAGUUAAUGUAUGUUUGUUGUAAGUUAUGUGCCGACAAUCACGGUCAUGUCAAGCUGUACACAACCAACCAAGUGUUGACUUCAAACGGACAUUUCUGUGAACUUCAAACAAUAUGAAGGUUUUUACAGUUGAAUUCAUGCAACAUUUCAUAAAGCAAUAAAAUAUUCUAAUAUACAUUAA